AUGGGUGUCGACGCGCUGAUGUCCAUCCCGGGCGCCCUGAGCAUUGUGGCGACUCUGCUCAGUUUUGCCGAAUUAUUUUGCAUCUGCUUUGUGUGGGCUGGUGGAAGCGUGGUUUUCUACAUUUUUAUUGAUGGGUAUGGAUGGCACAUUUUAUUCGCUCCUCUGGUAUUCUUGGUGUUCCUCUUCUCGGUGACGCUGCUUCUAACAAUAGUGACGGGUCGUGAAAUUAUUAAUCAAUAUGGUAAACAGGCGGCUCUCAUCUGCUAUGGUGUCUGCAUGUUUGCCCUAAUAGUCGCCGGAGUCCUAAUUUCGUGGUAUGCCUCAAAAACGCACAAGGACCUUGGUGUCGGCCAUAUCUUGAGGCCACGCUAUAUUGCAGCAGCUAUCUUCAAUUGGUUGAACUUUGUCGUCUACCUGGCCCUCUUCGUCCUAACCCUAAUUUUCCAA